AUGGUGGCCGGACGACGGAGAACGAAGCCGGCGAAGUUUCUGUCUAAACCGGCGCGAUUCCGAGCUCUUUCCGAAGGAAUCCGGCGCUUCCAGGGGCGGGGCUGGUCAGGAAAGGAAGAGGUAGAAGUGGUGGUUCGAACAAGACCGGUCUCGAGGCCGGUUGUUGACGGUGGUGGCGGUGGUGGCUUUGAGAAGCCACCGGUUGUGCAGAAAAACGAAGUGGGAGGGGGCUGCGCGCGGGGAGAGAGAGAGAGAGAGAGAGAGAGAGAGAGAGAGAGUUUUAUGUUCUUAUAA